UACAGCCCCAUUCUGAAGUGAAGCUGCCGCAUCAAUGUGUUUCCGGGCAAUCGGGUCAGCACCGCUUAUAAACAUCGGGUCAGCACCGAAUGCCAUACGUCUGCUGGUUCUGUGAUUCUUCUUGCAUAUGGAGAAGAUGGGAGCGACCAAUUCAGAGCUUGAAGGACUUUUUGAGCAGAAGAAGCGCGUCAAGAAUCCUCUUGUCCCCAUUGGUGCAUUUAUCACCGCAGGGGUCCUCACUGCUGGUUUAAUCAGUUUCCGAAUGGGCAAUUCUCAAUUGGGUCAGCAUCUAAUGAGAGCUCGUGUGGUUGCACAAGGUGCUACUGUCGCGUUAAUGGUCGGCACCGCGUAUUAUUACGGGGAGAAGCUCUAAAUGGUCGGCACCGCGUAUUAUUACGGGGAGAAGCUCUAAAUGGUUCAUAAUUCCGAAAAUUAAAAUUUCAGGUCGGGUGAAGCAAGCAGCUGUUCUUAGGAACGUGACGGGGCAACUGUCAUUAUGUAGAGUUUGCAACUUAGCAUAAUUGAACAGCUCAAAUGACUCUUUUUUUGGGUGUACCAGUUAGAUGCAUAACUAGUACAGGAUAAGCCAAUGUUUUUUAACUUUGAAAUGCAAUGGAGGUGGAUAUUCUUGAA